GUGGUAGAAGUUUUUUUAAAUAAUGCAACAAAAAAAAAAAAAAAAAUAGAAGGUGAGUACCACCAGAGCAAAGAGACCAACGCACUAGUUGUGUUAAUUUUACAUCAUCACCCUCAAUAUGGUGACAGUAUGGAUAGUAAAAUGAUACAUAGUAUAUACACAUCUUUUGUAGAUAACAAUUUUUCUGCAUUGAAAAUUAACUUCCGUGGUGUUGGAAAUCCACUGGAACUUUCGAUAAGGGUAUAGGGGAGUUAACUGACGCCGCAAUAGCCAUUGAUUGGCUUCAAGAACACAACCCUAGUAAUGUUCCAAUUUGGAUCGUUGGUUUUUCCUUUGGAGCAUGGGUAGCUAUGCAACUGAUAAUGCGCAGACCUGAGAUAGUAGGCUUUAUUGCUUUUUCCUUCCAGCAACAAAGUAUGAUUUCUCUUUUCUCUCCCCUAUCCGGUUCCUGGGCUUAUCAUACAAAGCAGUAAUGACACAAUUUCAGAAGAAAGUGAUGUAACAGAAUUAGCAAAC